GCUGACAAGAUGGCGCCAAAUAAUUUUUCCGUGGCACUUCUAACCAUAGACUAAAUCAAACAUCUCCUGCUCCUUUUCCACGCGACGACGGAGAACACCGAAAUGUUCACCGCAAGUGCUAAAAUAAUAAAAAGCGGCGGGGCUGAGCCCGACCAAUUUGAAGCUGGAAUUUCCCAAGCUCUUCUUGAGCUGGAGAUGAACAGCGAUCUUAAAUCACCAAUGAGAGAGCUUCAUAUCACCAAGGCACGUGAAAUUGACGUAAACAACAAAAAGUCAAUCAUUGUGUACGUUCCAAUGAACAAACUCCAACAAUUCCACAAGAUCCAGACCCGAUUGGUACGUGAGUUAGAAAAGAAAUUUUCAGGCAAACAUGUCAUGUUUGUUGGUGACAGAAAAAUUUUACCAAAACCAACUCGUAAGACCCGUACAAAGAACAAGCAAAAGAGGCCAAGAAGCCGUACAUUGACCGCUGUCUAUGAUGCUCUUCUUGAAGACUUGGUCUACCCAGUGGAAAUCGUUGGCAAGCGUAUUCGCGUUAAGUUGGACGGCUCUCAACUGAUCAAGGUUCAUCUUGACAAAAAUGAACAGACUAAUAUUGAGCACAAGGUUGACACUUUUGCUGGAGUUUACAAAAAGUUGACGGGUCGUGAUGUCACAUUCGAAUUUCCAGAAUCUUACGUGUAAUUUUUAAACACAAAUAAAAAUGAUUUAAAUUUAAAAAUGAAAUAA